AAACAUCAACAAAAAAAACACAAGCAGCCCAACACUAAGAACAAAAAAUGACAAGACGCUUUAUAAUAAACCUCGUAUAACAAAAAUACCAUUCUUUCCUAAACGCCGUUGAGAUUAUUUGAAUAAACGGCAAACCACCCUUUCAUCGGGAUGGGGCAUAUCCCGACCCACCGAACCACCAUCCCGAGAAGAAAAAAACAGUUGAGAUAUAGAUACGGUGGGCCGGGUGUUUCUUUUUGUGUGUGUUGGUUUCAUUGGAGUGUGAUAGAAGGCAAAGAUCUUUUUUGUUGGAUGGUUGUUUCGCAUCAAGGCGGUACAAGUUCAUAGUGGUAACGGAGGUUCCCCAUUGAACACUUGCUAUUUUGGUUCGGAACGAUUUUUUUCUGGGUGGUUGGGUUUUUUGCUGUUUCUCUCCGAACCACUCUCAAUCCCGCCCAAAAAACACGAUCAGCAUCGGUUCCCAGUAUCUAUUUUUUGAUAAUGGCGGAAGAAGCAGAACGAGAAAGCGUUGCCGGAUCUUCAGUGGCAAAAUUGAUGGUGUCUGUCCGAAUCCGUCCACUGUCACUCAAAGAACUCGCAAAGGAGAACCUUCAAAUCACUGCACGAUCCCACGACGACCAGACAGUCCUCGUGACGGAACCCACUCCAGAUCAAUACGACGAUGUCCUACGCAAAGACCGUCCCAAAGAGCGAAUAUACGCAUUUGACCGGGUCUUUGGUGAAGGUGCCCAACAAACCGAGGUGUUUGACAAAACGGUCAAGUAUUUGAUCGAGUGGGUCGUCAAGGGGUAUAAUGCGACUGUUUUUGCUUAUGGCGCAACAGGGGCCGGCAAAACGUACACCAUGCUCGGAACCGAUUCAGCACCUGGUAUCAUGGCCCUAACACUCAUGGACCUAUUCACCCUCAUCGAUGCCCACAAUAGAGAGCAACAAGUCGAAGGCGAGGACGCUACCACUCAAGGAACCUACACUGUAACCCUAUCCUACCUUGAGAUCUACAAUGAAAACAUUCGCGACUUGCUUUCUGGGAAAGCCGAUUACCUCGAUCUACGCGAAGAUGCCCAAAAAGGCGUCGUCGUAGCAGGGAUAACAACCGUCACAGCCAAAACCCCCGAAGAAGUCUUGGGGUUCCUCCGAAAAGGCAAUCGACAUCGCACACAAGAAGCCACGGGCGCCAAUGAGGUUUCUUCACGGUCUCAUGCAGUGUUGCAGGUUUUGGUCGGAUGCCGGAUGCGGAAUCGGAAAGGGAAGAUUGUAGAGAGGUUUGGGAAGCUUUCUCUGAUUGAUUUGGCAGGGUCAGAAAGAGCUGCGGAGACAAAGAAUCGCGGCAUGCGGAUGAUAGAAGGCGCAAAUAUCAAUCGCUCUCUCCUCGCUCUCGGAAAUUGCAUAACAGCGCUCUCGGAUACGACCAAAAAGAAGGGAAAAUACGUCAACUACCGCGAUAGUAAACUCACCCGGCUUUUGAAAGAUUCCUUGGGAGGCAAUUGCCGGACGGUCAUGAUCGCUAAUAUCAGUCCUGGGAGUAGCAACUUUGAUGAAACAGUAAAUACAUUAAAGUAUGCUAGUCGAGCUCGAGCCAUCAAGACCAAGGUAACCCAACAAGUAUCCCAAAAAACCGACACAUAUAGCGUAACAAUCCAACAGCUUCAAUCCGAAAUCGGUCUUUUAAAAAAUCGCCUGGUGCGAGCCGAAAGCGGCAUAACGACUAUACAACCCAGGAAUAGCGUCAGUCUUGCCCCUCGUCUUCGCCUUAUUGACGAACCUCUCCCCAAAACACCAGCGACGCCAGAACGUUCCAUGUUUACAGAGCUUCAUUCAGUGCUUUUGGGGUUAUUUGCCGAGCACCAGGAGUUGAGGGAAAGACUUUUGGAAAUGGAGGUCGGGAAUGACGGACAAAGGGAGGAGGUGCUGAAGCAAAUUGGAGAGGUCGAAGAGGGGAUUAGAAGCAUUGAGCAGAGUAUACCGAGGUCUCUUGACACCCGAAGCCGACAAUACCUCGAACUCCUUAUAAAGUCUCAUUUCACAUCCCUUGAAAACACAGACCUCCAAACUCUCACCGCACAACAAAAAACACUUCUCCAAAACCUCACCAACACCCUACAACAGACACGCACACAAUUAACCCGCUUGGACCAAAUCACCUCUCUCCAACGACAAAUCCUUACUACCCAUUCCGUGGAUGUUCCUUCCAAGCUGUUGGAGAUGUAUAGGGAUGUGCCUGCUAUUGAGGAGACUGAUGACGGCAAGGUUGAGAGGGCCGUCAAAGCCUUGGAGGAACGAGUAGCAAAAGUGGAAGGAGAAGAGCGGGGAGUAGAACUUGUGGCAACACGACAGUCCUUGCGGCCUACCGAUGGGAUUCUGAACGCUCCUAUAACAGCUAGAACCUCAGCGGUGACGCCCCCACCGCUCCCAAAAGACAAACCCGUUGACCCAUCCAAGCCUACAUCCAUCACCAAAUUGCGCAGAAUCUACGGAGUAGACCCACCAAAGAAAGGACGACAGAAAGCCCGGUAGAAGAAUGCUCUUGCUCUGCUCGAGACCGUUCAGAAAACAGCCAAAAGACCGACCGUGGGAAAAAUGAAUAAACAAAUGACGCGUUUACAUAAUCCUCACCUCACACUCCAAAGGGGGGAACGGAACGCACGCCAGGAGAUCUGCCAGGAGGUGAACACGACGACGAUGAUUGGACCUUCAUGGCGUGCUCAGAAGAAUGACGUACGCAAGAUAGGGAAUCUUCCGCCGAGAAUUCCCGAUUGCAAAAAAAAAGCGCAGUUCCCCAGGGUUAUAAAAAGGCGACGUUUCUCGCCUUUCCCCCCCUUCUCUUUACUCGUCUUCUCCACUUGUCUUUUGGUUGAACAGGACUGACUGUCGCGAUGGUGGAGCGGCGGCCACGACUCACCGCGGUGGGGGUGCCAAUGGCUCCGGCCGGAGGAGGGCCUGUAAAAAAGAAAAACAACUUUAAAAAAAAGGAUGAAAAUGAUUUGAAAAUAAAAAGCUGAUGAGGAGCAUGUGUGAUAUCUGUUUCUGCCACUAUAGUUAUAAUAAAUAUAUCAUUUCUUUCACAAUGGA